AUGAUGUUGUCCAUGCGCCUGCUGUCCCUCAACGACGAUGUUCUCCUCCUUGUCGCCUCUUUUCUCCAUCCACUCGAUGCUCGCCGCUUGUCCGAGACCUGUCGCCAUCUCCAUCUCAUCGCGCUCCCUCAGGCACUUUCGGCCAUAGUUCUCGGGACGUGCUUCCAACUCGCUGCAUUCUGCAGAUACAUGCUCAGCAGCCCGCAAACCCCUAUGGAUCUUUUGCGCGUGCUCGUCAUUGUAGCUCCUGUGGGCGACGUUUCCAAUGCCGCACUCCUCGCGGACGUGUUUGAACAGGCUCUCAGACUGCGGUCGAUCCACAUGCAUCAUUCAGACACCUUCAUCGAGGCGGAACCGCGGAUCAGCACUACUCUCGCUGCCCUCGAGGACCUCGAGGACGUCACCCUGUUUAAUGCUCGCGAGCUUGUGCGGGAGAUGCUCCUGAGACUGCGCAGUAAGCCGCGCAAAGUGCAGCUUCUCUGCCCUAUGGAGUAUCCUCGGCUUGUACUCCAUCUCUCUCAGCUUUCUGCUCUGCGACACGCAGUGACGCUUUCACUAUUCAACAUCACGAUCGAAGAUGACACGCUUGUGGGCCAACCCGCAGCGCCUUUCGUGGCGUUGCAGCACCUCAGCCUCCACUAUGCUCAGAUCCCCGCAGUUUUAUUCCCGUUCCCGAAUCUCGACCGUGUGGAGGUGUGGCUGGGCGAGAUACUUGGACCCACACCAGAUGCGGUUCUCUCACCGACGCCGCGCACUGUGCGCAAUGUAAGCCUCGACGCGUCUUGGAUGAGGAUCGCGACGACAGAAGAGGACAUUGGACAAGCACUGCGUGUGCUGCAGUUCGUCCAGCCCCUGACGCUCUCGCUGAAAAUCUUUGUCCGCCCGUUGCUUGCAUUCUGGACAUGCCUUGUCGCGCUUUCUCCACAGCUCAGGUAUCUGGACUUAGAGUUGGAUACCAUGAGGGUGCUUGAAAAUGGUGUUCGAGUGUUUUCCUUUGUUACUGAAUGGCUGCGCGUAAUAUCCCCACUCCUCGCCUCGUUGAACCUCCACUGUCUCCGUGUAUCUGUGGCGCAUUCGCGCACCAGUCUCCGGCAGCAGAUUCAGGACAUACUCUUGCAACAUGUGGGUCCCUCGUUGCGCUACAUUGGAGUGUCGAGGGAUCCGGCGACUCACGCAGGCUCGUGGCGAUGUCCCUCGAGGCUGGUGAGGCCAUUCACGAAACUCUAUGCUCUGCAGUUGCGAAUUAAAUUUGAUGUUUACGAUACGGACCUUCUUAGCCGUUGGUUCUGUGAUAAUUCCCUCACUUCGGAUGUUUAUUCCAUCGUCAAUGAAAAUUGCCUCCAGUGGGAUAGCGGAGGGUCUAAGAAAUUGCAGUGCGUUAAGGGCCGCUCAACUGCCGCUAAGGCCGCGUCGGGGAUUUACGCGUUAAUCGUUACGUGCAGUCUAUGGGCCUUCUCGAAGUGGUGGUGGUGGUUCAUAGCGGCAGUGGUUCUUCAUGGUGGCCGUGCGGAGCACCAGCAACACGGCGACAUUGACUCAGCGGCUAGUCUUAGAGACGACGAACUUAACCUAAGUGUGUCUACGCAUCUGGGGAAAAGCACGUGGGACAAUUUAGGAUUAAGAACGCGAGCAACGACGUCACUUACUAUCGAAUCGCCUUAUUCCACGCCGUCUGUGGCUCCCCUCCAUCCAAUUUACUUCUUAGCUAUCCACGUGUUUGCUUCCGUUACCGAUCUGCGGCUCUUUCACGUCGAAUUUCGAACUUUCUUGGACUUCGCCCGCCUAGUCUCGAGCUUUCCGAACUUACUUGCCGUUGAAUUCUGGAACGUAUCUUGGCUGGAACACGGCUCAAAUCCGUUUGCGCUGGAUUGUUACAGGUCCCGCUUCCAAUGGAAUGAUCUCGUCAUCGAUGACGUGGAACUCACUGGGCUAGCUCAGUUACUGCGCGCUGUCGGCUCGUCUCUUCAGCAUCUCACAUUUAGAGCAGACAAUGAAUGGAUGGAGUCGUUCGUAUCAGAAGAAGGCUUGAGCAUGGUUCAUUUGACGAGCCUUCGGUCGCUCCAGAUUCCUAUCCGACUCGAUCGUACAGAUUUUGGCUCGAUAGAAGAGUUACUAUCUCGACAUAUAUGCAGUCGAGUAAUGUGUUCGUUGACAUUUUCAUUUCACUAUGGAUAUAACGCUACACCGCUGGACGGUGCGAAAGAUGUAUUACUCCGGAUGGAGCGCGCGGGCCAUUGA